AUGUCUGACGUCUCGUCGACUCAGUGUUCCAACGGGCAGGCUGCGUGUAACGGCUCUGCCCCGAGGCCAUGCGAGUCGACUCUGCCUUGUAAGGAGAAUACUGGUUGGCGAAGAGUUGUACGAAACUUUACUCCAUCAUGGUUUGCGGUCAACAUGGGGACGGGCAUCGUGUCCAUCCUCCUCCAUAAUCUCCCCUACAAUGCGAUAUGGCUGCAGUACAUUUCGUAUGUCUUUUUUGGACUCAAUGUCCUUCUCUUUACAGUCUUUAUGGGUAUCUCCAUCGCCCGAUAUACGCUAUACCCUGAGAUCUGGGGGGCCAUGGUAUCUCAUCCCGCCCAGUCCCUCUUCUUGGGCUGUAUGCCCAUGGGCUUUGCAACCAUCAUCAACAUGAUGGUGUUCUGCUGUAGGCCCUGGGGAGACUGGGUCAUCUACCUCGCCUGGGCCUUCUGGUGGGUUGAUGUCUGGCUGUCUAUCGGUACUUGCAUUAGCAUGCCCUUCAUCGUGAUGCAUCGCCAUCGACCUGGCCUUCAGAACAUCACGGCCGCUCUGUUGCUCCCCAUCGUGCCAGCUGUGGUCGCGGCUGCAACGGGAGGUAUUGUUGCCGAGGUGCUUCCCAACCGUCACCACGCUCUGACCACGGUCAUCACCUCAUACGUUCUUUGGGGAAUUGGCGAGUCAUUCUCGGCCUGUGUCUUGGCUUUGUACUUCCACCGACUUACCAUCCACUCAAUCCCUCCCAAGGAAGUCAUUGUCUCGGUCUUCCUCCCCAUCGGUCCUCUUGGUCAGGGAGGCUAUGGCAUCCAGCAACUCGGAAAAGUGGCCAUGCAGUUGAUCCCGGAGAGCACUGCAUUCACCACAAUUUCGGCCCGCGCCGGUGAAAUGCUGUAUGUCUUGGGUGUGUUUCUGGCCAUCAUGAUGUGGGGAUUCGCCCUGGUCUGGCUGUCCUUCGCACUCAUCAGCAUCAUCACGAUGCAAAACUUUCCCUUCAACAUGGGGUGGUGGGGAUUUACAUUCCCGCUGGGUGUGCUGGCGACUUGCACGAGUGCGCUUGCACAGAACCUCGACAGCGACUUUUUCAAGGUUUCUACAAUGAUCAUCUCUCUGUCGGUUGUCUUGUUGUGGAUAGUUGUGGCGACGAGGACACUGAAGCUGGUCAUUACUGGCGAGAUGUUCCAUGCGCCAUGCCUUAAGGAUCUUCGAGACAAGUCGCAGGCUGCAGGAUCGGACAGAAGAGUCUAG